CGGCCGGAAGGGGCGGGUCCAAGGCUGAGGAGUGACAGCGCUGCUGCUUCUCAGAGGGAGUGAGUAGGGCUUCCCUUCUCCUUCGGGCCAGGCCUGCUUUUGUCUUCCAGGAGGAGGCGAGGAAGGCCCCGAGAGGCCUGGAGCUGGUCUCCUUCAGUAAUUUUGCCUUGGACAAGUCAAGAAAGCAGUUCUUUGGCCAUGUUGAAAAGUGCCUGGAAGAAAAGAACAAACCCAGCUAGGCCUGAGUUAGAUGAAGGCCUUCAAAUGAAGCACAGAGAGGAGUACUUUGAAAGGACCACAAAGAAAAGCCUGGAGGAGGACGUGUUCACUUCGGAUUUACAGCACCAGCACUUCAGGGGGUUCUGCUACGAGGAGGCAGAGGGGCCCCGGAGGGUCUGCAGCCAGCUUCAUGCUCUUUGUCGGCAAUGGUUGCAGCCAGAAAGACACACCAAGGCAGAGAUGCUGGACCUGGUGGUGCUGGAGCAGUUCCUAGCCAUCCUUCCUACGGAGAUGGAGCGCUGGGUGAAGGAGUGUGGGGCAGAGAGUAGCGCUCAGGCCGUGGCCUUGGCAGAAGGAUUCCUUCUCAGCCAUGCAGAGGAGAAAAGGACAGAAGAGAAGCAGGACUGCUUUGUGGAAGAGAAGGCCGAGACCAGCAGGACCACACAUGAUGGCGACAGAGUGUCCGUCCCACUAGAAGCUGAAAUAAGUUCAGAGGGUAUAUGUACAAUCACGUCUCUUCAUUCCGAUGGAUAUAGAACAGCAUCUCCAAGAUCGGAUCAGGUGAUCUUUGAAGAGGUCGCUGUGUAUUUCACGGAGGAGGAGUGGGCCCUGCUGGACUCGGGUCAAAGGGCUCUUCAUUGGGAAGUGAUGGAGGAGAAUUUGGGCAACCUGUCCUCUCUUGAUGAAGACGAGCAAGAUAGCGAGAAUGAAGAAGAAUGCCCAGGGCUCUUUCUUCAAUCAGCUAAUUGUGAGGUGGAGAAAGGCGAUGGGAUGAAAACAACCGCUCAGGAAAAUGUGUUUGCUCUUCAAGAUGAUGAUGAUUAUGAUGACGACAGCCGGAUCUCAUACCAAGAAAUAACCCAGAAAGGGAAAGAGAUCAGCAUCUGCCUUAUAUGUUGGAAAACUUUCAGGAGUAAAGCCAGUCUUUACCUUCAUAUGAGAACUCACACGCGGGAGCAGCCUUUUGAAGACGACGAGUGCAGGAAGACCUGCAGUCUCAUGUUGCGGGAAAGGACUCACGCGGGAGAGAAGCCGUUUAAGUGCCUGGGCUGCGGAAAGAGCUUCAGCUGGCGGUCGCACCUUCUGAUGCACCUCGCCACCCACACUGGGGACAAACCGUUCCAGUGUUUGGUGUGCGACAAAAGUUUCAGCCGGAAAGAAACCCUCCUUCGCCAUCAGGCCACGCACUCCGGGGAGAAACCCUUUAAAUGCUUGGAAUGUGGGAAAAGCUUCAGUCGGAAGAUCAACCUCACUCGCCACGGUGCAAUGCACAUGGGGGAGAAGCCCUUCAAAUGCCUGGAGUGCGGGAAAUGUUUCAGGUGGAUAAUAAGCCUGGCGAGUCAUCAGUCCACGCACGGAGGGGAGAAACCGCAUACGUGCCCUGAGUGUGGAAAGGGCUUUAGUGGAAAGAAGCAGCUCACCCGGCAUCGGGCAAUUCACGCUGGGACGAAACCCUUUCAGUGCGACAAGUGUGGAAAAGGCUUCACUCAGAAGACGGACCUCACGUAUCAUCAAGCGAUCCACACGGGCGAGAAGCCCUACAAAUGCUUGGAGUGCGGGAAGAGUUUCACGUGGAAGAAAGGCCUGACUUACCACCAGCCCACACACACGGGGGAGAAGCCGUUCCAGUGCUUGGAGUGCGGGAAGAGCUUCAGCCGGAAGACGGGCCUGACUUACCAUCAGGUGACUCACACGGGGGACAAACCGUUCCAAUGCCAGGAGUGCGGCAAAAGUUUCAGCUACAAAAUCAGCCUCACUCGGCAUCACGCGACUCAUGUGGGUGAGAAGCCCUUCAAAUGCUUGGAGUGUGGGAAGGGUUUUAGCCGGAAGACGGGCCUCAAUUAUCAUCAAGUGAUUCACACAGGGGAGAAAUUGUUCAAAUGCCUGGAGUGCGGGAAGAGCUUCAGCCGGAAGAGAGGCCUCAUUUCUCACCAAGCAACCCACACAGAAGAAGGCCUUUGAAUUUUGUGAGUGUACACAUCGUUCCAAUCAGAACACAAGGGUGAAACAGUUACAAUAAUAUAUUGUCGAAUGCUUUCAUGGCUGGAAUCACUGGGUUGCUGUAGGUUUUUUCGGGCUAUAUGGCCAUGUUCUAGAGAAUUGUUUCUCAACCUGGGGGUCGGGACCCCUGUGAGGGUUGUGAGGGGGUGCAAAAGGGUCACCAAAGACCAUCAGAAAACAUAGUAUUUUCUGUUGGUCAUGGGAGUUCUGUGUGGGAAGUUUGGUCCAAUUCUAUCGUUGGUGGGGUUCAGAAUGUUAUUUCAUUGUGGGUGAACUAUAAAUCCCUCUCAAAUGUUAAGGUCUAUUUUCCUCAAACUCCUUAAGUGUUCACAUUUUGGCAUAUUGAGUAUUUGUACCACGUUUGAUCCAGAUCUAUCAUUGUUUGAGUCCACAGUGCUCUCUGGAUGUAGGUGAACUACAACUCCAAAAAUUUAGGUCAAUAUCCACCAGAUCCUCCCAGUAUUUUCUGUCAGUCAUGGGAGUUCUGUGUGCCAAGUUGGUUCAAUUUCAUCAUUGGUGGUGUUCAGAAUGCUCUUUGAUUGUAGGUGAACUAUAAAUCCCAGCAACUACAGCUCCCAAAUGACAAAAUCAAUCCCCUCCCCAUCCCACUAGUAUUCAAAUUUGGGCAUAUUGGGUAUUUGGGAUUUGAAAAUACAUCCUGCAUAUAAUAUAUUUACAUUACAAUUCAUAAUGUCAGCCCUUAAAAUGUGGGAAAUGCCUCAGUCAUUGCUCACUUUAUAGAAAUGUAAUCUUAGGAGAAACCAGGGCAACUGUAUUGAAGAAAAGCAGGCAAAUGCGGUAAUCCUGAAAUGCUUGGAAUGGGGAGUUUCUAUAAUAGGAAAUUGUCCCUUAUCAGGUAUGAAGGAGAGGCUUAAACUGUCUGUUUAGCCUGCAGAAGAGAAGGAUGAGAGGGGACAUGAGAGCUAUGUUUAAAUAUGUGAAAGGAUGUCAUAAGGAAGAGGGAGCAGGCUUGAUUUCUGUGGCUCUGGAGACUAGGACGCAGUGGAACAAUGGCUUCAAACUACAGGAAAGGAGAUUCCAUCUGAACAUAAGGAAGAACCUCCUGACUGUGAGAGCUGUUCAGCAGUGGAACUCUCUGAACCAGAGUGUAGUGGAGGCUCUUUCUUUGGAGGCUUUUAAGCAGAGGCUGGAUGGUCAUCUGUCAGGGGUGCUUUGUGCUUUUUCUGCAUGGCAGAAGUGGGUUGGGCUGGAUGGAACUUGGGGAUAAUUCCAACUGUAUGAUUCUGUGCUUCUAUAAUCUAGACAUUCACACUAAGGUCUUGAUGUGUGCCUUCAAGUUGUUUCUGAUUUACGGUAAUCCCAAAGUGAACCUAUCACAGGGUUUUCCUGGCUAAAUUGGUCCCGAAGUUGUUUAUGCUUUGAUUUUAUUGCUGUAAUAUGUUGUCCGGGCUUGGCCUCAUGUAAG